AUGCGGCAACAUUCCAYCUUUCAGUAGAUCUGCAACUGCCGCUUCAAUAUUACUUGAGAGCAUUCAUUAUCUUCGUGCAAUCAACCCUCUCUCAUUUAUUUAUAUCCGAAAUUGAUAAGAUUAAUGUUGGACAUUCAUAAUAGUUUGAGCGCGAUUGUGAAUUUGUCUGUUUGACGCCGCUGGCUAAUCAAUAACCAUGAGUGAAGCACCAAUCGCAAUAACUCCCGAUGGGAAACUGCGAGGCGCAACCGACGAGAAUAUAGAUGGACAAACUUUCCUCAAGUUUGUGGGAAUCCGAUAUGGAAAACCGCCUGUGGGAAGUUUGCGAUUUCAGCCGCCCCAGCCAGUGGAUCAUUGGGAAGGCGUCAAGGAAGCCACGAAUAUUGGCAAGAGCUCCAUAUCCAGAGAGGAAAUGACGUCUAAAAUCGAAGGGGACGAAGAUUGCUUAUAUUUGAACGUCUAUACACAACAGCUUCCAGGGAACUCAUCCAAGCUUCGCCCAGUGAUGUUUUACAUUCACGGAGGCGGCUUCGUAUUUGGUUCGAGUAGACCGGGAAUUCAUGGCCCGAAGUUCCUAAUGACCAAAGAUGUGGUCCUGGUGACCAUCAAUUACCGUCUGGGAAUAUUGGGUUUCCUCAGCAUCGACGGCACCGACGUGACUGGAAACAUGGGACUGAAAGACCAAAAUCUCGCGCUCAAAUGGGUGCAACGCAACAUUUCCAGCUUCAAUGGGGACCCCAACAAUGUGACGAUAUUUGGGGAAAGUGCUGGAUCGGCGGCAGUUCACGCCCAUGUGCUUUCGCCCGCCUCCAAAGGCCUCUUCCAUAAGGCCAUUUUACAGAGCGGAACCGCCUUGAACUACUGGUUCUGGGGUUCGAAGAACAACGCCCGGUAUAUUGUGGAACUGUUAGGGAAAAAGGCCGGCACUGAGGAAGAAGCUUUGGAGAUUCUAAAGCAAACUCCCGCUUUGGAGAUUUUCAAUGCGCAAGAAAAGCUGAGGGAUUUAACGCACAGCAGCGAGAUGCGGCCCAUAAGUCCAGUGCUGGAAGCUCCUGGGAAAACCGCCUUUCUAACCGAAGAUCCCAGGGAUAUCAUUAAAAAUGGUACCUACAAUCAGGUGCCGAUCGUGUUGGGCUACACCGACAAGGAAGGAUACCUUUUGGACUUUAUGCGUGCGUUGGUGAAAGAGGAACCCAAACCGCUUGAAUUGGAGAAAGAGCUUCCGUUCGAGCUGAACCUAAAACCCGAUAGUGACGAACUGAAAAAAGUGGUCGCACUUAUCGGGAAAUUUUAUUCUGAGAACCAAUACGAUGAUUAUGACAUCAUUACAGACUCCUGGUUUUUGGCUGGCAUUGUCGAAGCCGCAGAAAAACACCUGGAGACCUCAAAACAUCCCGUUUACUUGUACAGAAUGUCCAUCUGUUCAAACCUGAACUACUUCAAGGCAAAAACGCGUCCUCUGGACAGUGCUGGUGCCAGCCAUGCAGACGACUUGGGAUACUUGUGGCAUAUGGAGGUGACUCCGGAGUUCGAACGUGGCAGCGUGGAAGAUCGCUACAUGCGAAUUUUCGUCGAUCUGUGGACCAACUUUGCCCAGUUCGGAAACCCCACAGUGGACGAUUCGUUGGGCGUUUCUUGGAGCCCAAUUGAGCGCAAAAAGGAGCUUCGCCUUCUGGAUAUUGGCCAACCGCUUGCGGUUAAACACAUUCCGGAGAUCGACCGAAUCAACUUGUGGAGGCAAAUAUACAAGUCGAAUUUUCCCAAAUUUUCUUAAGACACUUUUUCAUAGACUUUCACAGUGGAUGUGGUUUGGGCGGUUUAAAAUGGAUUUUUUCUUAAUAAACUAACAAUGCAAGCGA